CUCUUUCCACUCCCCUCCCCUCUUUUACUUAUAAUAUCUACCUCGCCGGGCAGCCCAGAACAACUCAUUUGUAAACAGACCAUUGCAUCUCGCUCUGCACCUCUCCCCCGCCCGAAAGUAUAGGUAGCCAACAUGAAGCUGUACUAUAUCUCUGUCAUACUCACCACCUGCCUGAGCACUGUUUUUGCUCAAGGAAUGGACGGCCUACCAGACUGCGCGAAAGAUUGCGCUACUGGCUCCAUUCCCAAGCAGUGCCAAACUAUCGAUGUUGCUUGUAUCUGCGGUGACAAAAGCUUUAUCAACAGUAUAUCUUGUUGUGUCGCCAACAAGUGCUCAAAGGAUCAACAAGAUGCUGUUCUCAAAUUCGCAGGCCAGCUCUGCAGUGGCGCCGGUGUAAAUAACCUCCCCACGAGUGCUAGCUGCGCUGAGGGAAGCUCGAGUGCUACUGAGACAUCAUCCGAUUCUUCAGCAUCCAGCAAGCCGACUACUUCGGGUUCUUCUGAUAGCUCUGCAUCACCAACUGCUUCCAAAUCCGACAGCAACACUAAGACCUCAUCUACCUCAACAACGUCACCUACUGCCAGUACUGGCGGAGCUGGCCUUGUACAAAGCAAAGACACUAGCCUCCUUGCUGCUAUUGGGGCGGCGGUCUUCGCAUUCCUUGCGUAG